AUGCCGGGAGUCGCAGUCCAGGCUCCGAACGGUAGGACGCCACAACGUCCGUCCCCCUCCCUCCCGCGCAAGCGCACUUGCGCGCAGCUGACCUUCACGAGCGGCGAACGGAGAGAGGGGCGGGCUAUGCAAAUGAGGGCAAGCCCCGCAGCCAAUCGCGGGGCUGGGCUGGCGCCGGAGGCCCGGAUGUGAGGGAGCUCAGAGGGGUUUCCCCCCCCUCCGCCCCGCCUCUCUUUCUCCUCGCCGGCGAAGAGGCGGGGCUGACCUCGCGCGUCUCCCUCCCUUUCCCCCCCCUCCCUCCCUCCCUCCCUUUCUCUCUCCUUGAGGAGCCGCCGGCGGAACGCGGGCCCGAAGCACGCGACGGGGCGGAAGAUGGCGGCUGGAGAGCCCGGCUGCCGGACGCGGGAGACACGCCGCCGGCUGUGAAGGGGGAAAGGACGAGGAGGAAGAGAAGGGCAAGGGGAGCCGGCGACGGAGGAGGAAGAAGAAGGGAGGCCAAGAGCGGCUGUGGGCAGAGCCCAGCCCCGGACCUCAGGGGCCGCCUCGCGCCCAGGCGCCUCAGCCUGAGGUGGGGGUUCAGGGCCCUCCCGGGAGGGGAGGCCGGCGCUUCUUUCUGUCAUUUUUGGGCGCAGCCGAGAGGCUCCUCCUGAAGAGAAAGAGGGGCUGGGAACGGGGGUCGUCGCUCUGAGGGGCGCCGGGCAUCCCCCUCCCCCAGGGGGGCCUCAAGGAGGAGGAAGAGGGCCGCCCUCCCUCGUCAGAACUGAGGAGAAAUUGGCGGGAGUCGAGGCCGUCUCUUUUUGGGGGGGGGCUGAGCGCCCCCACCUCAGAGCCCCAUUCUGGGCUGUGAACCCUCGCUCUGAAGAGGGGCUCCUUUCAGUGGGGGGCUGACUCCCCCCGUUUUUUAUUGUAGAUCUGAAGCGAGCCUCGUGGGGAGGAGGAGCAGGGGCAGGGGGUGGGGUCCUUGACCCGUGGCCUUUAGGCUAGGGCCUUAUUCCGAGGAGGAGCUGGAACUCCCUCCGGUGAACUUUGACCCACUUGGAGGGCCUUGGGAAAUGUGCACCAGGGGAAGAAGGGGUCCCGUUUAGGAGGAACGCAGGUCACGGGGACCUAAGCGUGCUCACAGGAAGGAAAAACCUGCCUCAGCUUAGAGCCGUCUUGAAACUUAAGGCAUUGCUUCUGUCUUUUAUCUCUCAUUUGGGUGGGAAGGAGAGGUAAUGUAGUUAAGUAUAGAGGCCCCUUCUAGAGAGAGGCAGAGAGAGAGACCUAAGAGCUGAGUUUUCUUUUUGGAGAGGGUGGGUAAAAGUGGUGGAUAAGGAAGUCUCCAGGAGAUAUAGAACAUCUAUAUAUCUAUACCAAUAUCUACACACACAGACACAAAUAUAUAUAUACAUACACACACACACACACACACACACACACACACAGAGGAAAGGGCUCUAUUUCAAGGUUGAACCUUUUGUUAGAGAAGAGUUCAAACAAGGGCCCCCCCACUUUUGGAGGGGUCCCCACUGGGAACCCUGGGUCUUGGGGUGGCUCUAGUUCAGAGCGGACUACGUUGGCUCCGGUGGCACAUCUGCCCACGGUUUCCCUCGUUGCAGGCGGUCGGCUGCUGGGCUCCCCACACCAUGUUCUCAGUCCUCUCCUAUGGCAGACUGGUAGCCCGGGCAGUCCUAGGUGGCCUUUCUCAAACAGACUCUCGAGAUUACAGCCUGGUGACUGCCAGCUGUGGCUUUGGCAAGGACUUCCGCAAGGGCAUCUUGAAGAAAGGCAUGUGCUACGGGGACGACGCCUGCUUUGUGGCCCGGCACCGAUCUGCAGAUGUUCUAGGUGAGUGAUGUCUGAGGCUGGUCUUUCUGUUUGUCUGACUUGCCUGUCUUCCUCCUCAUGUUUGAAUGUUCUAAAAUAGCACCCCUAGGUAGUAUUUGAAAAGGUCUUAUAAUUGCAUAUCUGCAGGCUGCUGUCUGAGAGCAAAGUGUGCCAGGGAGACAGUGAAGUAGAUUCCAUGAUUGUGGGGGGCUCCAGAACUGAUCUUGCCCAGUCUAGGUUCCUGUGUGGGUUGGUGUGUUGCUUUGCUCAUCAGGACCUGUCCCUAAUAGCUCCCCUGCAGUUCCAAGGUGGCUGCCACGUUUUUUAAAAAAGCAUUUUAGGUUUCCCCAUCUUCUUAAAUAGCUUGAACUUAAACUCUUAAGGUGUCCCUCCUCCCCUCUUCUAACCCUGCAAAUGAAACAAGCUGUUGGGAGCAAACACUUCCUACCUUUAGCGCACCUUGUGUCCUUGUCAGGUGAAAAGCAAAGUGACAUUGAAAGCGGUUUCAGAUGUCAAGCUUCACUCCCCACACCCACUUUCCUGUGGUUUCAGAGCUCCCUGCAGAUCUUCAGUGCAGUGCAGCUGUGCUGUGUCAGAUGUCACAGGAGCAAAAGGGGGAAACCUCCUGAGCGCAGGCCCUUUGUGUGGGAUGUGGCUUCUCAAAUGCCCUUUUGCUUGCUGCGCAGCAGCAACAUGAAUGUAGAUUGCUAAACACUCCUUGGUGCAUGGUUUAUUUAGAGUUGAAGAUUGCUCUUGUGUCUAAACAUAUUAUGUUAGUGAAACUUGGCGUUACCAUGGUAGCUUCAUAUCUGUUGUAAUGAGUUAUUUAUUUAUUUUUUUAAAUGUUAGUUGGCUUUGAAACAAUGUUUUGAAUAGUACAUUUAAAAGAAUCUUGUCAGAUGCCCGUGCUGUAGUUCUGGAUAUGGAAGACAAAGAAAAAUAUAUCAACCUUGGUCAUGCAGCGCAGUUCAUCUUUGUUCUUAGGCCAUAACCCACAAUGCAGUUUGGCUGUUCAAGUGUCUUAUCUAGCAUAUGAUCCAUGUUGAAGGGAAGGUCAGUAGAGUUCUUCCUUUCUGUCAGUAGAAUUACUUACACUGUGAAUGGAAAGGGAGUGAGUGAUGGAUUUCUAUCAAAUGAAAGACUGAUUGGAGUCUCCUUGGUUCUGCAUUGCUCUUUAAUAGUAUAGCUGGGCAUUUUUUCCUCUGGCCCUUAUUUUGGUUGGAUUACAGUGAAUUGUAUGGCAGGGUUUGAUGAUGUUAUGUCAUUAUGUUGCAGUAGUCCUAUGUAAGCAGCCUUGUAGUGUCACUGAAGUGAUGCAGGGAUUAAAUCCUUAUUAUUUUCAUUUUUAAAUAAUUUGUUUCCUGUACUUUAUUACUGUUACAGCAAGCAGAUUUUAUUUUAUGUAUUACAUUUAUAUCCCACUUUUCCCCCAAAGAGUUCAAUGUGUCAUACGUAGUUCUCUCCAUUGUAAUUUUUUCCUAAUUCUUCAGAAAGUGAUUUUUGUGGCUUAGUAUUCUUUGGAUGACUGUUCUAACAGCCCCCCCUCUUAAUUUUGAUUUAGGUGUUUAUGCCCUCUUCAGUCAGUUAAGACUGACUCUUAAAGCAGCUUACAGUUGAAAUCCACCACAUAUUUUUGUGUGUUUUUGUGUGCGCUCUCUCUGUUCCGUCUCUUCUGGCCCAUGAAACUACACUCCAGGUUCCAGGCUCUUUCCUGGAGAAGGAGCUAUAGGUGAACUCAGGCUUGCUGGUGACAAAGAUUAACCUCUUGCUGUCAUUUUUCUAUUGGUUCCUUAGCCCAAUCCACAGUGGAUGAAAUAAAAUUCUCUUUUUGUUCUUAGUUCUCCAUUUUAAUUUUUUUUAAAUGAUACUUUUAUUAGCCUAUAUAAUUGGAUAUUUUGCCCUUCUUUCCCUGCAUGUUUGGUAACCAUGUUAGCUUUUCUCUGCUUGGUGUCCUAUGCUCUGCCUGCAUCUUUUGUUCUAAAUUUCAAAUGUCUUCAGACACUUAUGCAGCUUCACUGUUCUGGAUUAUCUUAAUUUUAUACAACCUAUAAAAUAAAAUGCAGAAGAGCUUGGCACAAUUAGAUUUUUUUAUAUAAAUAACGGUGUAGAAUGUCUUUAGCCAAAGAAUGAGUUUUAAAUGUGUUUCACUUUUCAUUCAGUCCAGAUUAGCUUUAUAUAUUACUCAUUUGCGGAUAUAAGCAUGCCAAGAAGAUCUCUGCCUUCAGUUUGUGGGCUGGGUGUGGGUGUGGAGUAGCCACAUGAGCUGCUCCCAUCCAGUGGAAAAAAAAAUUGCAAGAGCACUUGGAAUCUGCCCAACUUCCAAGUCCCUGUUUGACCACAGUUAAAAAAAACACACCCCUACACAUGGCCUUUUUCUGUUGUGCAAUUACUAGAUCUGAAGAGCAGCCCUGCUGAAUCAGACCAAAGACCUGUCUCCUUCUGCUCAUGAUUCUCAGCAGUUGGUAUUCAGAGACAUACUGCAUCUGAUACUGGAGCUAUUAUGACCAAUAGCCACAUCCUUUGCAGCUCAGUGGUUACUGCUGCUGUCCUGUGCACUGUUGCAAUCGAGGGGGCUUAAUUCUAAGAAAGGCAUUCAUAGUACUGCACUGUGUCAGCUGUGAGCCAGGAAGCCCUCAGUUCAAAUCUCACCUAUUGUACUAUCUUAGCAUGUGGAUUAAGGCAAAAUAUUUGCCCAGCUUCAGGCACUCUCCUGCAUUAUGGGAAAGGUAAUAAUGGCCUUUCUUGUAAAAGGGAAGAGGUAGUCAGCAGUUGACACUCUGCUGAAAUUCCUACAUUAAUAGAGAAGUUGUGAAGAAGUGUUUUGAACACUUGCAGUACACUAUCUUUAUAAACGUUAAUAUAUUCUGGAGCUACAUGGCGAUUUCCUGCAGAUCCCAGUGCCUUGGCUGCCUGAAGUGAGAAGGUUUGGUGCUGCUGGUGAUUGUACAUGUUCCGUCCUUUCACCUGUAACUGCUUCGCUAGCUUUCCUUUCAUGGCAGUUAUUGUAAAAGAUCCUCCAUAGGAAUUCAGGAGAGAUCAGGGUCGGUGGUGAUGAAAAUUUUAACUCUGAAAGGCGUACGUAAAAAGCGCAUGAAACGUGAUUUUGUUGCAGAAGUUGAAGGAUCCUCCUUAUUCCUUUCCUUAGCACCUUGUUUGGCACAUUAGUCGACAGCAGUUUACAAUGAAGCAAAAGCCACACUGAGAAUGCAUCAAGCAUGUUUACAUAUAUGGGGAUAAUUUGGAUUGUUUAUUCUUCAAUUAGAUUGUCAUAGAUACUUCAUAAGGAGUACAUUGCUAGAGUGAGGAAAGGGCUUGGGAGAUUGAAGCGAGGAUCACAGGAAGCUUUCUGUAGAUGCCUGUGUUUCCCAGCUGUUUUCUGCAACCACAAGGAAAAUGUGUGGGUUUUUAAAAAAAUAAAAUACUGAAACUAGAGACUUGCAGGUUUGUCAGAACACCAGGUCCUGGGUUUCUGUGCAAUUUGGCCAGAGUUAACAGCGUACAGACAGGCACACACUGCUUGGGUUUUCCUUUUUGGCUCUUACACUGUUGACAAAUCCUAGGCUGGGCGUUUUAUGAGAGAUGGCAUUCCAAACCUUUUAAUCAUUUUAAUAAGCACCAAAACAGUACUGUUGAAAAGCAAUAGAGAAAUAUGAAAUCAAAGACAUUUCAAAUAUUUCUUGGAAGAUCAUGGAAUCAUAGAAUUGUAGAGUUAGGAUCAUCUAGCCCAACCCCACACAACACAGGAAUCUCAACUAGAUCAUACAUGGCAGAUGGUCCGCCAACCUCUGCUUAAAAAUCUCCAAGCAUAGGUCAGCAAUAAAAGACACUGUUAUUGAAGUUAACUCUUUAUUCAAAGGAUUCAAAACAGCACAGGCCUAGUGAUCCCAGCAACUGACCACUAAGUCUUGCCCCAAUGAGGCAGCUGUGAGGACUACAGGCCUCCAUCUUCCCAUCACUUUCUAAGGCUCCUCUUUUCCAGGGUCUUUCCCAAGCAGUUGCAAACUAGACACAACCAAUCUCUGCCCUGCAUGUUUCAUUUCUCUGCAUAUUCUGGGAGAUAAGGGGGAAGGUAGCUGGCUUCAGUGGGAGGGCCUGUUACCUCUUCUGCUUCCUCUUCCUCCUCCCAGUCUGCACCUUCUUCUCCCUCUGUCCACUCAUUGUUGUCCCACCACCACUUCCCUGUCACUGAGCCUUCUUUCCCUGGGGAUACCCUUUGGGUUUCCCCAGCCUUUACUUCCCACCACUCCUCAGCAUCCAGCCAGCCUGUGACAACAAGGAAAGAGAGUCCAUCACCUCUUGUGGGAGUGUGUUCCCCUAUCAAACUGCUCUUGCCAUCAGAAAGGGCUUCCUGAUGUUUGGUCGGAAUCUCCUUUCUCGUAACUACCCUCCGGAGCAGGGGGAAACAAGCUUGUUCUAUCUUGCAGUCAAGUUUGCAGUCCUAGCUACUCAGAAGUAAGCCCCAUUAAACUAAAUGGCGCUUACUCCCAAGUAACUGAGUAUAGGACUGCAGGCUCAGGAGCAUUCCAAACUCCUGGCUGAUAGAUAGCCAUUGCUGCAUCCACAGCCUUGCUCCUUGCACUGGAAAGGUGGGGGUGGGGAAAAUGCCGUUUUGCUGCAUCAGCCCUCAAGCUGACAUAGCAAAGUGGCCGUUGCCAUCUUGUGGAUGGCAGGAGGGUCAGCUGAUCCUGUCGGCCCAGCUGUACCCCCACAACAUUACUGUUUUGACUAUUGCUGGCAGGGAUACUGUUAAGCAGUAACUUCCACCCACCCACCUUUUAGGCUUGUGCAUUGGGAUGUUGUUCACCAGCAGAGCUCCCCUGCCCCAUCCAAAACAGGGAUUGAAAUUGUUCUGUCAGUCUCUCAGUAUGAAUGAUGCUGAGGUUCUUAUUAACUUCAUCCCACCUCAAAGCAUGUAUCAGUCUUAAUUCUUCUUAUAACUCAAAUCUCCUCCUUGGAAAGACAGUUCCUCCAAAGCAUAAUCAAAACAAUUCUGCUUAGUGGAAAAAAAUAUUCACCAGUGUAAGCCCAGUUUAGGCUGAAGGACAGUCUGUGAAAAUGGUAAGUGAUGAGCUAAGGGAUUAUUUUGUUAGCAUAAAAAGAGACUUGCAUCCAGGGAUCUCAUUUGAACCAUGCUAUUGCAUAAUUAUUCUGCUCUGAGAAUGCUGGAUGGGUAGAAAGAAAGGCACACACAAGGAACUAAUGCAGAAUGUCCCAAGGUGGCCACUUCAGGAGGGAAGAAUGCAGACAGUGGGCAUUUUGCAAUAUUACUUGCAUUUUUAGUAAAAAAAAAAUGCUUUUGGCAUGACCAGGUUUUCUAGUAUCUUAAGAUUUAACACUUACAAGUACAUGUCUUUAGCUAGUGUAGAGGGCAGCACACAGGUGUUUUGGUCUCUGAUCACUGACAGGUGAAGGAAUGCUUGUAACUGCCUGCUUGUAACUGUUUUUGGCCAAAGGUGUGGUUUGUUAUUGGCAGAAAAUAAAACUGCAUCUUUUAGAAUACUUUGUGCAAGUGGGAAAGUAAAACUUGGAUCUGAUCCUCUGGAGUUUGAAUAAGUGGUUGUACCAGAAAUGCCCUUCUUGCUGCCAGCACAGCAUACACCUUCCCUCCCCUAUAGCCUACAAAGAAGUUCACCGCUACCUCAUCAACUACCAUUUGAUUUUGUGCUUGCUUGCCUUGAGUAUCUGUAAGUGAUGCAUGCACAGCAUGUAACCAGGCAGUAACUCUGGGGACUGUCCUCCAUAUAGUUGGAAGAACUGUGUAACUGUACUGCUUCCCAAUGCUGAUGAGAGGAUGUUUUUCUGCCCUCACCAAGGAAGCAGAGAAUCAGAGUGGUUAAGAGUUAUGGUAACAGAAACAAAGGUUAAUUUAGUAUGUUCAGUGAUAUACAAAUAAACUAAAUUUUAUAAACUGCUUUGAGGGAUUUCUUUCUCUUUUUUACCAUCAAAUGGUGUAUAGAUUUUAUGAAAUAAAUAGGGUUAACUUAUCCAGCCAUGUUCAGUCUUUAAAUCCCAUGCUUCAGAUAUUUGAGAAUUUUUUUAUGGCCAUGAGUUUCCAUUAGUUUUUAAUCAAACUAGUUUUUUAGUGCAAGAGGGAAAAUAUAUUGAUACAGCCAGGGAAUUUAUACGGACACUGUUCCUGUGGAACUGUCCUUGGUUAGUUCUGAUGAAAUGAUGCUACUGCUGGUGAUUUCAACACAGUGAAUAAAGCUAGGUCUGUUGCCCAAUUACAGGAAUCUUAGUUGAUUAAUGGACUGAAUUUGCCUAAGUGUAAAAUGAAGAGUUCUGACAUAAGUAUGCACAGACAUAAUCUUUGAUAAGAUAUGUUCUUUCCUACCUAAGAGAGAAGGAGCUGGAAUGCCUCGUUUAAGAUGGAGUUUGCCCUCUGUAGGUGUUUUCCUUCCUCCAAUACUUAACAGUUAACCAUGAAGCAGGUAUUUAAUUUUUAAAUCAGGUGAAUCAUUUAGUUUUUUUAAUUUAUCUUUAACUGUAAACUAAACAUUUUGGCCCUAGCCAACCCCUCAAAUCCUCCUCUUUGAUGCCCAGUUCUGAAAACAGGAACAGAUGUAAGUCUCUUUUCUAUGAUAUCCAAAGAGAACUUUAUUGUAUUAAUUAAUUAGUUACAAAUAGUUACAAUGCUUUUCAUUGAAUGUCCUCAAUCCCAGAGCAGGAACCAAAUUAAUAAACGUAAACAGGAGAAAAAUAUUAUUAUUAUUAAAAAUAGUAUACAAAAAUUACAAAAUCAUAUAAACAAGACCAAUAAACAACUGAACAAUUUUAUCAUAAGGUAAACAAGCAAAAUUACAGCAACAUAACUUAGUAUUUCCAGUGUAACAAAGUACAGGCCUCAGGGUUGACCUUGAACAUGGGAAGUUAUAGAAGACUUGAACAGUUGGGGAAGUAGGAGUUGCCUUUUUGUACAUGCAUGAAGGCACUUCUGUGUUGUGGCUGAGUUGGUGAUCUGUAAAGAGUGCAGGUUGGAUUCCUGGUCUCCCAGCUGACAGUCUGCGGAAUACGCUGUUCAACACUUUCUGACUUGAUGCUGAGAGUGACUUGCUGGGUUUCAGAACUGAGGAGUCUGGGGGUGAUGGAAGUCUAGGAUGCUUGUCCAGACGUUGUGGAAGACUGAUCAAAUGUUAAGCAGCAUUUAGAGGAAGGGGAAGUUGAUGAGGCAACCGCAAGGCAUACAUACAAGGUUGCUUAAAUAUGUUUUCUUUAGCUAAUGUGCUGGCACGAUUGCAGUCUCCAGAGGCUUAUGCACAGGCACACUUUCAAUUUACUUGUAGUUGUGUGGUUCUGCUUCUUGUAUGCCUUGCCAGUCAGGUAAGGCACCAGUCAGGUACCACAAAGGCAUCCCAUUGUGUUUAAGCUGCAAGACCUGCAAUGAACUUGCCCGCCUUCGGUCAAAUGACCCUUUCAUACCUAAUGUAGGCAUGUAAGAAAAUUCCUGAUCCCCACCCCAAAUCAAUUAAUCAGAUAAGGACUGUGAUUUUUUAAACCACUGAUAGAGAAAUCAAAUGGUUAAUCUAAUAUUAACUUUUAACAUAUUGUUUAGAGCAAUGGUUCCCAAAUGGUGGUCUGUGGACUCCAGGAGGCCAUCGUAACUGACCCAGGAGGUCUGUGGCACCAUUCACAUAAAAACUACCGUAGAGAUACCAACAUUUUCAAAAGCAGAGGGGCCAUGGCUUGUUUUUUAAAAACAGGAUGUAGUAUAAGCAACCCCUGAUUUCUGUGGGGGUUGCGUUCCAGGUCAUGUGUGUACAAUGGUGGAGCACAUACAAGCCUGCCGUUUCGCCCCUUUUUUCUACCACUUCCGAGUGUGCAGCAAAGUUCACACGCAUGGUCGUGCGUGCUUUGAACGCUCCAAACAGUCGUUGCCAGUACUUUGCUAAUUGGGAACCACUGGUUUAGAGGAUUCAUGUGCAUUUCCUAAAGAAGAAAGGAAGGGUGUUCUUUAGUAUUCAGGGUUAUGGUAUCUAAGUUGUGCUUUGUACUACUUGUGGUGUUACAAGAGGGGGAUGGUCAUAAUGCUUGCCUUCUGGUAUUGCAUUGUUUGGGUGUGUGUUUUAAAAAAAAUACAAAUCCUUAAAAAAUGGUUCUAAAAGGUUAUGGACUAUUUUGGGGAGAAAUCUGAUUAAUGCUGAUAGUCUGUUCAGAGUCUGGCGGUAACAUGCCGACAGAUUACAUAGUUCAUGCCAAGGUCAGCUGUAAACCCUCCAUCUCCAGUUCAGCUGGCAUCCUAAGUGAAGGACAUUUUACAGAUUAGCACAUUUUUAUUCAUGUGUUUUCAGUUCUAGGAUAGAGGCUUGCAGCCUUGGGGAGCAGAGAUAGCUCAGUAGGUAGAGCAUGAGACUCUUAAUCUCAGAGUCAUAGGUUCAUACCACACAUUGGGUAAAAAGAUUGCUGCAUUGCAGGGGGUUGGACUAGGUGACCCUUGGGGGCCUGUCCAAUCCUGCAAUUCUGUGAUUUUGUUUAGCAGAUUUAUCUUCCUUUGACUCACUCCCUGAUAGUUGAGACAGUGACUCACACAGCAUCCUGAAUCAUUUAACAUGAGCUUCAUGCAUUCCAUAAAAUACCAAAUGUUGACACUAGCAGGCUGAAGAGAGUUUCUGAACCAAAUAAGUUGAAUGUUAUUAGAGAUGCUGUGUGUGUGUGUGUGUGUGUGUGUGUGUGUGUGUGUGUGUGUAGAGGCUGUAGAUACUCAGCAAUACCCCUGAAAAUAUUUCUUACUCUUAUUUGACCAUGGCAAAAUUCUCAGGAGUUUGCUUUUGCUAAACGACUUUGCCUCUUAUUACUUUACCCUUCAAACCCUUCUGCAACUGCAGAACUGCUGCAGAAAGUUUUCGGCAAAGGGCCAUUCUUGAUCUUGAUGCCUGAUGGUGUUGGAUAACAAUGUUUGAGAGAAAUGGGCUCCACACUAUCCAACCAUUCUGGGAGCCGAUAGCUGUACUAGCUUAUCAACUGACCACUUUCUCCUGGUAAAUGUGUAGAAAUGCACCAUUCUGCUCUCCUGCGUAUGUUCAUGGUUACGUGGCUGGCACAUGUUUGAUAUCUCAAAUACAGUUAGCAUCUCCUCAAGCUCAAAAUCAGCUGAAGUUGAAAUACGCUUGUGAAUUCAUGACUAAAACUAUCACUGCAGCCGCUCACAGUUAGCCUGUCUAACCCAUUCUUUUCCCUUUUGCUUACAUUUUGGUGCUGAAACUGGUUAAGAUGAGUUGAGGUGCUCAUCUUCAAGAAAUAUAGGUGACCACCAGCUCAUAACUGAUUCUGUUCAGAGGUAAUCAUAUCUAUGCCCUGAGUUUCUUAAUGCAUCCAAAGGGGCACAGUCACUUUUGGUUAAAACUGCCAGUAUCACAGUUCCGUUAUGCAAAUCUAGGGUGCUGCUUCACAUGAGAAUGUGGGCCCAUAUAGAGAUGAUGAAACUACUCCUGAAUAAUACCAGAAAGGAAGUAAAGGUGACUGUCCUUGGUCCUGUUGACUUCUGCAUAACUUCCCCCUCCCCUGUCUGUCUUAAGCUAGUUGCAUAAUAAGCCCUUAUUUUGGGCUUUCAGCAAUCAGAAGUGAUUAAAUACCUCUGUGCUUUCUGCAUGGCAUAUUGAAUUAAGAAAGUGAUUAGUUUAGAAAGUCUUCUUUAGAAAUAUUAGAAGAUAUGGAGAAUAUUUAAUUAAACCUCACCAGCUUUGCAUGUUUAAUGUAAAUUUCAUCUUCAUUAAUGCUGAGGAAUGUAUUCAUAAUGCAUAUAUAUAUAUUCUUUUUUAGGGGUUGCAGAUGGUGUUGGAGGCUGGCGGGACUAUGGUGUUGACCCUUCUCAGUUCUCAGGGACUCUCAUGCGCACUUGUGAACGCUUGGUCAAGGAAGGACGGUUUAUACCAAGCAAUCCUGUGGGGAUUCUCACCACGAGCUACUGUGAGCUGCUGCAGAACAAAGUACCUUUGCUUGGUAAGCAUAAACUGUCUCUCCUCUUUCUCACAUCAGUCCACUGGGGUGUAUUCUUAGCCAGCCAUACCUAUAGCGCUGUCCAGUAGUUAAGCCAGGAAGUUCUUCAGUUAUCCUCCUGACAGGAACUCCUUGUUUGGCCUAGGUCAGGAGUGGGGAACCAGUGACCCUUCAGAUGUUACUGGACUACAGCUUCCAUCAGCCCCAGCCAGCAUAUCCAAUUCUCAGGGAUUAUGAGAGUGGUAGUACAAGAACAAGUGGAGGGCAUCACAUUGGGUACCCCUGGCCGAGGCAAGCCGUCUUGUAAGACUCUCAUGACACAUGCCAUCUUCCGACAAAUGCUUCUAAAAUAAAAGGUGGCUUUUGGCCACAAAGGGGAAGUGACCAUGGUUUGGUACCACAUUAAACAAGCAAGCAAACAAAAACACUUUGAUGACAUUCCUGCUCUUUCAGAACUGGUUGCUGAUUUAGGCAGAUAUAUGUUUAUUUAGGAAAAUAAACUGCAGACGCUUUCAGUUUGAAGUCCCAUUGCUUCUCCUUUGAAUCUGAGCCCCCCUUUUUGCAGGAUGAUGCAUCCCUUGUACUUUGUUGCUCCUACCUUUUAUUUUUGGUUGUCUAAAAGCAAUAUGGAGUUGCCAUUAUUGGUUUCAGAUUUAACUUCCCCACUGGGAAUACAUUCCAGCUGGGUGUCAGUUUAGGAGAAGUCUGUUGGUGGGUAUUUGCACUAUGUGCUUUAACUUUAAACACCUGCUGAAAACUUUUCUAUUUCUCCAGGCUUAAGGAGGCAAUUAAGAACACAUCUUUCCACAGUGGUUAAUUCAUGUCUAUUUUUAACUUUUCGUGUUUUUAUUCUAUUUUAUUUUAUUAUCAGCUGCUUUGAUAUUAUUUUGAGAUUGCGGUCUAUAAAUAUUUUUUUUAAUAUAUAAGUUAAAAAAUAAAAUUGCUGUUUACAUUUUACGUUCAUGCCACUCUCUUGAACUCAUGAAAGCAAGUGGGUCUCGCAACAGAACAUUGCAGUGUGGAAUAUGCCAGUUCACUGUUCCUGCCAGCCAAUCAGCCAGGUCUUCCAGAUAACCCAAUGACCCCACUCUCCACUCUCGACCCCCAAGACACUGUGAUCACUGAGCACACCCAGUCCUCAUUCAGCAGGGUUUUUUUGAGGGAGGCUGUUGCCCCAUAGGUAGUUUCUCCUAAAGAUUAUUUGUACUUCUGUGUACCUUGGAAGAUCCCUAUGGCAUGCUGGCACCUCUUUCUUGUUCCUCAAUAGCCCCAUUUCACGCACAGCCCUGUGAGCACUUAAGGGGGUGAGUUUGGUGUUAGAGGGAGUGAUGUUGGGGGUCUUGAAGGAGCAGGAUUUUGCUGUGUUGAGAACCAGCCACGCUAAUGGAAACGGAGAACCUUUAGCACACUAAGUGCAAGUUACUUUUCGCACCGCACAUGCUUCUCACCUGACCUUAGCUGCUCUGCCAAGAGGUCUCUGUAAGUAUGUAAGCUAUAUUUAGCUAGCCUCUGCUGAGCUCAGGAAGAGUCAUCCCUUUUUCAUUACACACCUAAAGAACAGGCAUUGGCUGCAGCAUUUUCCCUUCAGUUCAGACGUUGCUGGAACUGCUUAAAUGAGCUCCAAUUUCAACUUACAGCAUGACUAGUUUUGUGGAAAAGUCCUGACUUAACUGAAUGUUGCCAAGGUGGCCUCGUGCUGUGAGUGCCUGUCCCAUUCAUCUUGACCUUCUCAGUUCACAAGAGCAUAUGAGCUCCAUGUUUGGCACUUGAAUUUCUAGUUGCAGUGCAUUUCUGAUCAGCUUGACUCCUUAUCCAACACUUCUAGAUUUUUUCCCUUCUUUUAACUGCUGUAAAUUUCUCCCUUAUCUUGAAUGCUUUGUUAAGCAUUCCUUGUUAGGAAUGCCAAUAUAAGAGCCAAUGUGUCAGUUGCUCACAUGUAUUCAAUGGACCAGUGAUGAUAGUAGAGUACAUGUUUGCCUAGUGCUGCUAACUGCUGUCCAACCUCCUCAGCACUUCUUUGGGGGUCUGCUGAAAUGAAUGCAUGUUACAUGUCUACCUCCACAAAUCUUGGUUGAAGAAAGUGCUUAGAGUUGGUAAGAAUCCAAAUAGCUGCUUAUUAAGUUUCAGAAUAAUGGUGGCAUUGCUUUUAGAGGUCUGAUGUGCUACCUUUAAGAAGAGCUGUGUUGACUUACCAAGAGAACAGCACUGGAAGUCUGUUCCUGCUAAUUAGAAAUAGCUUCUCGCAGUAGUUGGAAAACAAUAGAAAUUCUGUUCAGCUCAUUUCCAUGUAGUUUAUCUCUCUCAGGUUCUUGUCCUUGCUGCAGCCAGUGGACCCCACUUAAAGUAAAAGCAGCUGCAUUUAUAUGUCGUUAUCUAAAAAAUAUUUGAUUUUAUUUCCAGGGAGCAGCACAGCUUGCAUUGUAGUUCUGGAUCGGACAAGUCAUCGUUUACAUACAGCAAACUUGGGGGACUCAGGCUUUUUGGUAGUCAGAGGUGGAGAGGUAGUACACCGAUCUGAUGAACAACAGCACUACUUCAACACUCCGUUCCAGCUGUCAAUAGCACCACCUGAAGCUGAAGGGGUCGUCUUCAGUGACAGGUGAGAUUUUUAAGUGUGAGUGGUCAGAUGUAAAUUCCCCAAAAUGAUGAUGUUGGGUGCAUCCCCAGUGAAUUGUGAGGGGAAGCUGUGCUCACACCCCAUGUCCCAGAAUGUAUAACUCCCUUUUUCCAAACAAAGGAGAAGUAUGGGAGAUGGUCUUUUUCUGCUCAGGGGUUUUAUGGUUGCCCUAAAGGGGCUUUUCUCUCACUAGCCUGGCUUCACUCAUUACAGUGGUUAUAAGAGGCAAAGGUGUCUCCUCCUUGCAUGAGGCUGUGCAAGGGUUAUGUAUGGAGUAUUCUUCAUCUCUCUGAUAGUUGCAUGUUACAAAACUCCACUUUACAAAACAGAGCUUUGGCAUAAAGAUGGUUAGGGUGUGGUGUUAGGUUCCUUUUAUGCCUCCAGAUCCCUGCUUCAGUUUGACUUUCAUGUGUGGCCACAUUUGCCAGGGCCUCAAAUGCCACAUUUUAAAAUUUCCCUCCUCCUUACUUGUUUGCCAAGGAAUACUACUGUUUUAUGUCUUGCCGUUGGAAAUAUCUUUUUGGCUAUAAGAGUGAAUUUGGCUUAAGAGUGAAUCAAGCUGCUCUUCCAAGUUGAAUUCCUGGAAUGGGUGCUAAAAGUUCGUUCUUUGUGGCUGCUCUGCACUUGCAGCAGGAUUCGAAUGGAGAUGUGGAAAAAGCCUUGUCCUGCUGAGUGCAUUCACUUGUGUCCAAAAUAGCUCUGUGUUCGCCCAGCAUGCAAAUGCUGUCAUGCUGUCCUGUUCGUUUCGGGGACCUCCUUCUCACUCUUGGGAUUUGGAUUGGGAAUCUGCUAAUUUUGCAUACUCUGGCAGUGAGGUAGCAAAUGCUUGAAGAACAGAGAGGGAAGCAUGUGACUGCAGCUUGUAUUUCAGUACGGUUAAAAGCUUCCAGCCGUGUGCUGUGCCCAAUCAAAAUGAGCAAAACUCCCAUUUGGCAGAACACCAAGGUCCACGAUGGGAGUGUUGGAAAAGCACAUUCUGUUCAAUGGGAACUAGCAGCUUAAAAAGGGUACCUUAGCAAAGGAGUUGAAGCAAGAUUACUCCCUUCCCACCAGCACUGCACUGCAAGUGCACAGGUCAAAACAGGAGUCACUCAAAAAUACUAGUGCAGGGGAGAGAUCGUGGGAUCUAUCCCAUGCUCCUUUACUAUGUAAGGUUCCUUUUACCUCUUCACACUGUCAGUCACAAGAGUCCCAGUCUGUUGUGUCUAAUGAGCAGCUUGUUCAGCAGUGCAAAUUCUUUGCUCGUGAAAUGAAAGUUUGUGUAAUAGUGAUUUAAGAAAGCAAAGCCAGAUAAAUAGGGUUGCCCCACUAGUGCUUAAACAUUAUCACAAUAGCUAUUUCAGGUAAGCUGAAUGUAGUGUUCUCCCCAUUUUACAGAUUAAACUAAACUCUGACCUGGGAGCCAUUCAAAUAUAUGUAGCUAUUUGUGAUCGUUGUUUUCACAGCCCAGAUGCUGCGGACAGUACUACGUUUGAUGUCCAGCUGGGAGACAUCAUUCUGACAGCCACAGAUGGGCUUUUUGACAACAUGCCUGACUACAUGAUCCUACAGGAGCUUAAGAAGCUAAAGGUAAGCAGUAUGCACAGAGCGGGGUGAAAUGUUUAAAAAGAGACGAGUUCAUGUAACUAUUUGCAUAUUAUGUUAGUCUACUUGACCCAAAGUUUUUAAGCAAGGUGGACUAAAGUUGCUUCUGGGGCCCCUCCAAGAUUAGAGGCCCUGAGGCUUAAGCUUCAUUAGUUUUGUAGCAGAUCUGCCCCCGGCUACACCAUUUAUGUAGGAAAUGAAACAGACUGGCUGUCUUUCUGAUGAUGGUGGAACUCUGAUUAUCAGAGUGCCCUUCCAAUAAGCUGAAUUUUGAAUGCAUGAGAGUAAAUACGAUAUCCUGCACUUACGCGUGAUCGUGUAUAUGCAUGACACUGGGAAAUAAUUAAAUCAUUUAAUUUAAACACGGAAAUGGUGUGAGAGCAGGAGAGCCCUCAUGGCUCAUGAUGAGACCUUCCCUGGAGCCUUAAGAGGACGUCAGCGGGGGCGGAGGAAGAGAGGCGUAGCGGAACUGACACAGCCACCACUUUCCCAUACGUCCUCCAGCCUCCUGCUGGCCCCAGAGCUUCAACUCCAGAUAUUUUGAUCUGGAUUGGGGAGAGAGUGGGGAAGAGAGCUGGAGAGCAGAAAAAAAAAUAGAAGGUGCUCCCCACUUUUUGCAAUUUCAGUUAAUCAGAAAGGAUAUGUUUCAGAAAGCUUGAUUCCUGAAAAUGGUUUAAUAUUGUAACUUUCCAGACACUCCCCAAAUCUUCUAAAAGUAGUUGCUAAAAAUGACUCAUUUGAAAUUGGAGUACGGCGGUACCUCAGGUUACAAACACUUCUGGUUACAAACUCUGCUAACUAGUAGUACCUUGGGUUACAAAAUUUGCCCCAGGAUGAGAAUGGAAAUCAUGCGCCGACAGCACAGCGAAAGCAGGAAACUCCAUGAGCAAAAGCGCACUUCAGGUUAAGAACGGUUUCAGGUUAAGAAUGGACCUCCAGAAUGAAUUAAGUUUGUAACCCGAGGUACCACUGUAAAGGGGAAAUCUCCUUAGUUGAGUUAGACUGAUGAGGUAGAGGAGGCUUCUCCUUUUCAGCCACACUCUCCCAGCACCCCAAAGGGCCUGUUUGACCCCAGCCUGGUUUGAGUUUGGUCGUCUCCAUUGGCCAUGUCUGCUAAGGAAGACAGGCUGUACCAAACGGGUCUCCAAGGGAAGUUGUUUCUUUCUCCCCCUCCUUUCCCAAAAUACAGUUCCAUUUGUAGUGGUUUUCUUUGCUUAUCUAAGUCCUCUGGUGCUGAUGGGAAGGGUUAGGAAUGCAUUUGCCGGAGAUAACAUGCUAUUGCCCUUGUGGAUGUGUGGGUUCAUGUGGUAUUGAGUGCCACCCACAGGCAACCUUAAAUUUGGCUGCUGUACUAUGCCCUACAGAUAGGGUUCCCAGCAUUAAUCCCUAUGGAGUCAGAACGGCAACUUCUGUUGAAAUCGUCAGUGAUGGCUUUCUCUUAUUAAGCUCAGCAUUUCAAAGGAAUUAAGACUGAGGAAACAAAUUUGGGAAGAAAUUAUUAAUCUUGAAUUCUGCUGUUUGGUUUUGGUCCCGUCUCCCCCACAGUUUAGCUAUUUCUUGCUGUUUGCCUAUGCAGUAAGGAGUCAGAUAAAAACUGAGUAAAAGUUAGAUGAGUUGAAGCCAAGGGCAAGCUGUGAUUUCCAGCCAGCCCAGAUACCAGCACCCUCAAAUACUGAAAGCAGAGGGCUUCAGAUAUGCUCUUUAAGUCAAGUGCAGCUUCCCCAAACUUGUGCUGCUGUGGAGAGUAGGAAGAUGUAUUUCCAUACAUGGCAUACUUAAAUAUAUUCGUCUUUAACUCAAAACAGAUCCUUUUGGGUUAGCCACUGUUAAUAUGUAAGUUGGAAUAAGGGAGUAAACAAUAUUCUUCUAUUAUGUGCACUUAUUUGUGGCAUAUGAAAUGUGUAACCUUGGUAAAAAAAUAACAUUAUUCUUUCUCUCAUACAAUUGAUUCAGAAUUCAAAUUACGAAAGUAUACAACAGACAGCAAGAAGUAUUGCCGAGCAAGCUCAUGAACUGGCGUAUGACCCAAAUUACAUGUCUCCCUUUGCACAGUUUGCUUGUGAUAAUGGAUUGAAUGUAAGAGGUAAGUUUUACCAUUUUCUCGUGGGAAGCUUAACAAUGACUCUGCAGGCUAGCAUUUGUUCCAAAUUCUGAACUGGCAAGAAGACUUUGUACUAGAAUGAGAGACUGGCUAGUAAUUGGGGUGGUGGUUUACAAAGAGUGAGAUGACCUGUUCCCAGGUUUGCUGCUGACUUGCUGUAUAAUUUCGGUUUUCAUCAUGCAAGCCACUUUGCAUACUUAACAAACCUGAUUAUUUUCCAUAACUACUGCAUAUAAGCCAGCUAUACUGCAGUCCAGGGGGAAAAGGGUUUUUUAAAUUUUCCGGCACGAUUCAGUGAAGUAUGUCGAAGGCAAGCACAAACAUUUCUAUUUAGAGCAUCAGCUUUUAGAUUUCCCUGGAUAGCAACAGGGCACCUGUUGGAACUCGUGGCUCUUAACUUAUGGUACUAAGUGUAUCUGGAAUAUGGAAGGUGGUCAGCUCUCCUUCGUUGGAGGUUUUAAAGCAGAGGUUAGAUGGCCAUCUGUCGUGGAUGCUUUAGUUGAGAUUCCUGCAUUGCAGGGGGCUGGGCUGGAUGAAUCUCUAUGAUUCUAUGUCUGCCAGACAUAUGUGUUGGGUUUGCCGGAAAGUGCUUGCCCUCUGCUCUGCUUCGUGACCUGCUUUUAAUGGCAGUUUCUUUGAAACCUGGAAGCAAGCUUAUAUUACUCUGAUUCCUAAACAGGGUCAGGAUAGAUCCAACAUUAAAAACUACAGACCAAUCUCCCUACUCAAUGUGGAUUAUAAAAUUUUUGCAAAUAUAUUGGCCAACAGGCUAAAGGUUUUAUCUGAGUAUAUUCCAGGAUUUCUGCCUGGAAGACAUAUGAAAGACAACAUUAGAAAUGUUGUGGACAUUUUGGAAAAGUUAGAAGCAAGAAAGAGCUGUAAAUCAAUGUUAAUGUUUAUUGAUGCAGAGAAAGCCUUUGACAAUGUUUCUUGGAGUUUUAUGUUACAUAAUUUAGAGAGUAUGGGGAUAGGUCAGGAUUUUUUAAAUGAUAUCAAAGCGAUCUAUCUAGAGCAAAAAGCUAAAAUUAUUGUAAAUAAUGUGGUUUUAGAGGAAAUUAGAAUUGAGAAGGGAACCAGGCAAGGGUGCCCACUUUCCCCAGUUUCUUGGCCAAUUUCUUCCAGUGAAAAUAUGUAAAUGUCUUGCUUUGCAGGUGGAAAACCAGAUGACAUCACCGUCCUCCUUUCAAUAGUAGCUGAAUAUACAGACUGACUGGCUGACAGCAUAAACUUUUGACAACUGACUUGAGUGUUUCCUGCCGUUCCCUACUUCACACGGACUGUUUCCUGCUGGCAGGAUGCCUUUCUCUGCAGCUGAUCUCAGUGGCUCUUACAUGUUACGUCCAUUGCCUGUUUUAAAAUGCAGUCGAGGUCUCUGUCGUGAACCACUACUGGAGUACACUGGGGUGCAUCUGCCAGCAAGAAAUGAAGAAUUUCAAUACUUGAAGCUUGUCUUUUCAAACUUUAGUAGUAAUUACUUCAUAGUGGGGAGGGUGUGUGUGAUUAUGGUUAUGAAUCAUGAUUAUGGCUCUGAAAGAAAUAAGUAGAAUUGGCUAUUCAUAAUUCAGAACUAGAUGUGCAGUUUGACACUGAUAGAAAACCUCCAUGAGGACAAACAAAAUUGAUUUGUUAGAAAAAAAGCCCAUUUUUAAUUUGAGAGGUCACAAAUCGUUCUGUAACUAGCAUAGUUUGUUAAAAUGAUAGUUGAGAUUUGUGUCGAUAUGAAUUCUCUGGAGGCUUCCAAGUGCAGUGAGCCUCAGGAUAUAUAUGGUUUAGCGCAGGAGUUUUGUCUGUUACUAAUUUGAAACACAAGAUUAGUUCAUGAAAAGUAUUGUGUGUCUAUGAGAGAGAGAGUGUGUGUGUGUGUAUAUAUGUGUGAAGGUGCCUGUUAUCAUGCAGAUGGAAAUUUGGCAUAUCAUUUAUUUGCAAGGAGCCCUGUGCUGGCUGGAUCUUUCUUUUAGAGAAAAAUAUUUUCUAAAGAUAUUUCAGUUGCACUAAAGUUUGAAGAAGCCAGGGUGUUGAGAGUUUGGAAUGGCAUGCUGCCUAAGCACGAAUCAUCUGAUUUUGCUUUGUAUGCCAUAGGUAGCUAGGAAUGAUAGAGGCAAUAAAGUGGAUAGUCUUCUCUUUUGGGUUUGAGGAAUUUGACGGUAUUUCAAUGUAUGUACUUCUGCUUGUGCCCCCACAGCAAUUGAAGUUGCACACAUGCAAAACGCUGAAUGAGCAACAUUUACAUUUUAGUAGCUUGGUGUACAGGAUUUCCAGAAUGAACUUUAAUGAUGUUUACAGGUAUCUAAUAGCCAUUUUGCAAUAUAGCAUUUCCUUUCAUUUUCAUCCACUCGAUCUAGUUUAUUCUUCAGUAGCUGCAAUCUCCUCCCUCCUUUUUUAAGCUCAUGUAAAAACCAAUCGCUAUAAAGAUAUAUAUUGGUCAGUUUUUCAUAACUUUUUUGCUAGUAGAAAAGUACUUAGAAAUGAAAAGCCAUGUUUUAUAUAGCAGUUGGGUAAUGUGGAUGUUUAGAUUCUGAGCUUGGCCAGUAAAGCAACCUUUUUAAGAUGAAAGGGUUUUUUUACUGCCAGGUUUGUUGUGUUAAAACUGUAAGAUUGAGGUUACCUCAGCCUGUUUUAAAUAUUUUUUGUGGUUGUACUGUAUAUUUGCAUAAUUACGUCAAGCUUUUAUUUAUAAUUAUGUGACAUGUACCAUGUACAUGUCACUAUUUCAAUGCAUCCUACUUUUAACAGGCAUUUCAUUUACCAUGAGAAUGGGCAGAAUCAUUUGGAAGCUGUUUAAAUUACUUUUUGUGAAAUUGGCAUCUUGAUUUUUCUUAAAACAUUCUUCUUUUUUUGUCAAAAUGCCUUAACCACUUAACUUAACAAAAUGAUUUUUUCCCCAGCAUGGAUACAGGGUGGAAUAAAAUGAAAUAAAGAAAAUCAUAGUGCUAUAAUUCAGAAAUGUGGCAAAUAACCUUGCACAAAUCAUUUCAAUCCCUUAUGCUACUUUAGCUGAACAAGUUAUAACUAUCAAUAUUCAACUAAAAGGAAUGUAUUAAUGCUGCAGUUCCAGACUUCUUUCCUGCUUUGCUAGAGGAGCAGUUAUCCUUUCAUUUGGACUUCCUUUGCAUUUUUAAUCACCAGUAUUUGCUAUUGUUUAUUAGAACAAGCCCUGAUUAGUGAUUGACUGGCCUCACCCACUUGCCCUUCCUUUUGGCCUUGGCCCUGACUUGGUGCCUCCAUAGAGCAGGACAGUUUCCCUGCUUCAUAUUUCCUCUUCCUGCCUUUCUGCAACUACAAAGGAUGACCCAUCAAUUAAACAAAUGUGGAAAAGGUGCUUCUUAUGCCCAGAUGGUCAUGGCCUGGAGCCCUUUGCCACUGUUCUUGGAUCUUGUUCUGAGUAGCAGAACUGUAACAUCUGUUGGGAUUGCUGGCCUUGCUUUGCUUAGAACAGUUUUUAGUCAAGCAGUAUGUAUAAAGCCAUUUGUCUCUUCCAAUGUUUUUUAUGACGAUCAAAUUGAGUUUUUAAACUUUCAGAUACUAAGUUCCCCCUUCCCCUCUCCAGACGCCAAAGACCAGUACAGUUUAUAGCUUUUUGCCAUCUGUUUUUAGAGCAAUACUGUAUUAUAAAGAAUUAAUAUUUCUAUUACAUGCUUGUCUUUUUUCCAUUUUAAGAUGUGCACUCAAACAUAUCUGAACCUAAUUUCUUCCUAUGAACUUAAGCUGUUUGCGCACAAAUAUCUUUUACAAAAGAAAAAGGCAGGACUCAUGUACUUGUGAAAAUAACAUUUACCAAUCCUCAAAGCAGUAGUGUUUCCUAACAACUUGUUUAGUGUUUUGGUUUGGCACAGAAGACAUUCCAUUUUGUGUUUUCUUAAAUCUGAAAUACAUGGGUGGAGCCUGGGGAGAUCUUAACUGCAGAAUUGCUUUAUAAAGAAUCUGAAAGAAAUUACUUGGCAUAGCAUCAACCUGCUUCACCCAGUAAUGCAGUUGCAGCUGCAGGGCUUGCUAUACGGGAAUGCCUGUAAUUGUGUUACUGAGUUUGUUGAUAUGAAGGGCUAGGCUAAUGUGAAAUACCCAUAUUAAUGAACGAAACGUAAGUCCAUGGCUUUCCCUCAAUUUGCUAUUUCCACAACAAGUGGGGAAAACCUUGAAAAUUGGGACCAGAUUGGAUAUAGACAAAACUGUCCAUAGUAAAAGCAAGCAAAGAUGAAGACACUGUGAAUGGAAUUACUCUUUGUAAUGGAUUGCUUUUCCAUGGGAAGCCAGGCUAAAUGUAGACACUGACUUUUUCUUUUAUUUGACAAAGCUGAUAUAAUGAGGAUGCCUUCUUGUUAAAUGAGACUAUCAUUACCUGUGCUUACCUAAAAGGCAAUUAUGUGAAUUGGAUGUUUGAAGUAUAUAAUUUGUGCAAGAAUAGUAUCUGUAAAUACAUUUUAAUGAACUGUAAAGAUAUUUAAUAAAUAAAGUAUUUAUACAAUAUGCAUGUGUGCUUGGGCCCAGGGUCUUUUAACUCACCAUCCCCACUACUGGGGAAACAAUAACACCUGAAUUUUCUAUUAUUGCAUGCAGUGCAUAGACUUCAAACAACUGUCCCUCAAAUCCUGCAGUAAUAUGGGCUGUCCUUUCAAACGCAGAAGUCAAAACAGAAAAUAUUGACAAACAAUCCAUAAGGAAUUCCUCUUGCAUAAGUUCAACCACAAUAAAAUGGAAUCUCAUUGUAACACAUUUGUGUCCUUGUACAAGUUCUGCUCAUUUUGGGGCUUGUGAAAGACAAGUUGCAGAUGGUUAUGCAGCUGGUGAUUUCUUAAGGUGAGAUGCAAAGGGAGACACUGAGCAAUAAGCACUGAUAGAAAAACCUUACAUAAUGGGGAAGGCAAAGAACCAAAUAUUUUUACUGCAAAAAGCAAAAACAGUUUGAGGGUUUGGGGCAUGUAGUAAACAAAUAUGCUAGAGAAAUGACCUGAAUUUGCUACUUGAACUAGUUGGACUGUUUUUCAGUACAGUGAAAUUUCAACAGCAGUUCAGUUCCCAUUGUCCUUCACUGUGGGAGUUGAAAGAAAGUGAAUCUUAAAGAAAAGCAGACUAUGGAGCCGUGUGACUAGUUGCUCUUUGUUAGGUUGCUGUGGGUAACUGCCUGUUACCAGGGCUGAAACGGCCAAAUGCAUUCUGACUUCACUGCUCUGAAAGGAGUAUUGCUGUGACACAACACAUGCUUAUAAAAUGAGGGAGGCUUCUAAGGCAUUUAAAUUUACUGGCAUAAUAUACUAUAAACACUUCAACACUACUGAGAUGUUUUUCUAAUAGACUUGAGCUAAAACCAGUUUAUUGCUAGUUAAUCUUGCACAAUUUCGUUUAGAAGGAGCAGGAGAAUGAAACUGGAUGUAUGCCAUUUUUGCAACCAGUCAUUUGUCUUAAGUUCUCCUGUGUCAUAAAUCAAUCAAACAUCAACAUUAAUGCAAUAUGUGUGUGUACUAACUGGCUUUGGUUCCCUCUGAUAUGCUUGGCUUAACAGAGAAGUAAAUCUCAUAAAAUUACAGUUGUGAUAACUUGAAGAAAAUUUCAUCCAAAAGCUUCUAGUUUUUUUAAAAAUACAGGCAUUUUAAGUGCGUUCAAUGCAUGCAUGACCAUGCAAACGUACAUUGUCACAACCCAGAAGUGGCUGGAAAGGGGGAAUGGUGGUGGAGCGGGCUUACAUGCACUCCACAGACAUGUGUGGGGGUCAGGAACAUAACCCCCAUGCAAAACUGCCAUCGCCUGCAUUAUGAAACAGUGGACUACAACAGAGUACACAAAAACACCUAAAAUGAGCAGAAGCUCAGCUUGCCUGAAUGCUGAACAUACACACAUUCCUUGGCGACCAUCGGAGUUGGCAGAUUGAUACUUUGUCACUACUAAAAAGUUGGGGAGAGUUGUUCAUUGCUAAAAUCUUCUGUGUCGCUUGCUGUUGCCAAAGUGUGGAAUACACGAGUUAUAUCUUGUUCCUUGGAUGAAACUGCCCCAAAGAAUAGGGAAUGGAAC